UUGAACAUGAAUUUGAAAACCGUUGGUGAAAAGCGUUUAUUGCAGCUCAAUGAGUUAGAUGAACUCAGGAUGGAAGCAUAUGAAAACUCGAAGUUUAUUAAAGAAUGCGCCAAAAGGUGCCAUGACCUACAUAUUCAGAGGCGAGAGUUUGAAGUAAGACAGAAAGUUCUGUUAUAUAACUCGAGACUCAAGCUGUUCUCUGGAAAAUUAAGGUCAAGGUGGUCGGGUCCCCACACUGGCACUAAAGUUCUUCCAUAUAGAGCCAUACAGGUUAGCCAUGAAACAAAAAGCACAUUUACAGUUAAUGGGCAAAUGUUGAAAUACUACUGUGGCGAUAACUUCUUUAAGCAAAAAUUCACCGUUCAACUCCGGUCACCUAAUUAA